CAGUCUUCACGGAGUACUGGGAGUAUGUGUUCGUUUGUGAGAGUGGGGUCCCCCAAACCUUUGCAAACUUCAGCUUCUCCGUUAGAGAUGAGUUCCCUGAGAAGGAUGAGAGCACCUGAAAUCUCGGAACUUGGACUCACCCCAGAGCAAAAGGACGAUAUAAGAGACAGGGUACUUAGGGGGUCAAAAUCUCCCACGGAGCUAGGGUUUGACUUGAGACUAGAACAAGAUCGAAAAUGGAGGGAGAGGAUGGCAUCAUCAGAAGCAAAAUCACCACCUUGUCAUGCUCUUGGAGUAGGAUUGGAAAGACAUACUAUUUCUGGGACACCCACAGAGAUGGGUAAUUUAGGACUUCACAAAGGCUCUGCCUUCCAGGGACCAAAACCUCUGGGUGUGUUACCAGGAAGAGUGGGGCUAGAAAACAAGGGCCUUCCGCCUCGCCUUCGCUACGGAGGGACACUACACCCUCCUUUCGGUACAGUACAUGCAAGUCCACUGGCGGCAGAGAGCAUAAGGAGGCCUUUAGCCUGGGGUUCUGCCUGGACGGAUGCUGUAGUGGAAAAGCAACCUGUUGUAGGCUUGGAACAGAGAAAAGAACCGGAAAAAGAACCCACCUGUGUAGUGGUGAACCCCUACCCAGAGAUGCCCCCUAAGGAGGUAGACAUUGGGUUGCCACAAACUCAGGAAUCAGAUGAAGCCAAGAAUACAGAGCCUCUAAUAGGUUUAGUAAGAGAACCUUCUGAAUGUCCAUUUGCCCAACCACCGGAAGAGAAAAAGGAGCCCGUCAGCACCGAACCUGGAGUGGAGCCUCCAGGGAACAUCAGGCCCAUAUACUCAGGGAAGUUCUUUGAUCGGGUGCCUUGCUGGCCAAGUGCAGGAAAAGUUAAGCCCGUUGGAUACAGAGUUGCAACCUGUUUGACCGAGAAGCUUCCGAGGCUAAUGACUCCCCCAGAGGCAAAGAAGUAUUUCAACUUCAGAUAUCCACCUGCUGGAGCAGAAAGAGUAUUUUAUGGCAGAGCAAAUGACCCCCAAAUUGCACCUUAUUUGACACAUGGACUAAGAUCUAAAAUCUCAAUACCGAUGGGAUCAUUGAUAAACCCACAGCCCAUUACCACGUUUCAACAGAAAAUUAAAGACAAAAAAGAAUCUAUAUAUUUUAGCCAUCAACGAGCACCAUUGGGAAAAUCUCACGAUCAAACACCAGGAUUGCCUAAAGGAAUGGAUGUGAUCAACACAACAUUAGGGACACCGACUAUCAGAGAACUGUCUGUUCGUGACACUGUGAAUCCAUCGAAAUCCUUUGAAGAUGUGCUUAAAGAAGGACAGGAAGGACAUGAUUUGUACACUGUCUCUCACAAUGAUUAUUUUGCAGGAGAAGCAAAGAACCGGAAAUAUAACCCGGCAAGCUUCCAUAGGUUUAACUUGUAUGGAAUCCCAACGCCUCACUCUAAUGAUGGGCACACCAUGGCUAAAGCUUUACAUUGGCUCCAUGAACUACAAAUGGAAAGAGGAGCGAAAAUUGUAUCCAAAAGAGUUGAUGACUUCAAAGAGAAAUUUCAACACAAACUUGGAAAAGUUUUAGACCCAUCCUUGGUGCUUCUUAAAAAUGCAAAAUCUGGACUAGCAAAAAAGCUCAGUGUCAAACCUGAAAACCUGAAUUUGAGGUUGCUAGGUCUCUCUGCCUCUCUCUCUCUCUUAAAACUCCGUGGCCAUAUUUCAAAUUCACAUACAAGACUCCUUUUUUCUUCAAUAGGAGCUGGUGAUCUCAUCCAUUAUAGAUGCCCAGAUGAAUAUCUUCGUGGGAAGGACCACCAGAGAGCCGUGGUUGCAGCUGCUCGCCACCACUUGAAGAAAUUUAAUCACCAGAACUUUGACACUUUGUUGGUGGCUUUCAGGCACUAUGACAAGAAGGGAGAUGGGGUGAUUGACAGAGCAGAACUUCAUGAAGCUUGUGUCCAAGCCAACCUGCAUCUAGACAAGAUGCUCCUGGACCAUCUGUUUGACUACUGUGACGUGGACCAGGAUGGCUUGAUCAACUACCUGGAAUUUGCCAAUUUCCUUAACUGGAAAGACAGAAUACCUCUCAAAGAGCAUGAGAAGAGGGUCGUUGUUAAAGGUAAAAAACCAGACUGUGAAAAUGUUACUGAGACUAGCAUGGGAGAAGCUGAACCAAGUCUCCUGAUAAAUCCUGAAGACAUUGUCCCCAAAGAACCAGGAAGUUCAGAAGAGACUGUCCGGACAAUCCAGAGACCAGGCGACAAAGUUUCUCACCAGUAUAAGACAACGUCUUCUGAGAUCAACGCUGUGGUUGGAGCUGUCCCCUCCAUGUGUUACCCCACAUUCGGUGUUCCAACCAUUCGAUCUGACAUCUCUGCUCCCCGGAUUCGUCGAGUCAGUGACAUGAAUAACUACGGUGAUGAAGGCAACGCUUACUCUCUGCUGCACCCCUCCAUCUUCUCCCAGAAAGGUGUAUUUGAGAGAGACUUCUUCAAGACAAGGUCAAAGGAAGAGAUUUCAGAUAUAUUAACUAACAUUGGAGUCAAGCUUUCUGAAGAAGAAUUCGAAAAUGUGUGGAAUCUUGCUUCAAAAAAACACCAGCGAGGAGAAGUUUGUGUUGAAACUAUCAGGAACGUUCUAGAUGAGCUACUACAUGCAGACCUUGUCAAGUGUAAAACGGCCAUGUGAUAUUUUUGGGAACUUACACAUUUAAGCAA